AUGGCUUCUCGUACAACCGCUGGAGGUAUCGGCUUCGCCGUCAUGAGCAAGGUAAGUUUGAGUAGUCUUAGUUGUAGCAAGGUUCUUUUGCCUUAGUUACAGUAAGACUCUCCAAAGUAAUUUGUAACAGUAUUAAGACUCUUUAUAUUUACUACCACCUACAAAACCAAACUAAAAAAUAUUACAGUAUGAUAAUAACUGUUUUAAGAAUUUUCUGUACAAUGAGUAUACUAGUUCAAGAUAUAAAUUGUAUUCAAAUAAUUUCAGCAAGCCUCAAAAUACAACGAGGACGAAGCCGAGCUCCUUCUUAAAUGGAUCAAGCAACUCAGUGGAGAAAACGUGAGCACUGCUGGAGACCGUGACAACUUCCUUCGCUUGUUGAAAGAUGGUACCCUUCUUUGCAAGUAAGUGUAACAUAACAGCAGGAAGACACAACAUGCCUUUUCUUAUGCUUUUGGCAAUCCAGUAGCAGUAUCAGUUGCAUUUUAAAAUGUGUAUUUUAAAAUCCACAUGCUCACUCUGAAAUGCAACUGAACUUUAUAAAAAAAAUAUUAUUUAAACUUCUAGAGCCGCCAACGGAAUCGUCCCCGGUAGCAUCAAGAAGAUCCAAAAGCCCAUCUCCAACUUCGCCUGCAUGGAAAACAUCAACGCCUUCGUGGACUUCGCCAAGAAGCAAGGAGUCCCCACCGAAGAAACCUUCCAGUCGGUCGACCUCUUCGAAGCUCGCGAUCUUUUCUCCGUCUGUGUCACCCUCCUUUCCCUCGGCCGUGUUGUAAGUUCGUAGUUCAGUAGCCAGUAUACUUUCUAUCGCAUUUCAGUUAGAGAAAGCCGGUAAAACCAACCCAUUCAGCAAAUAA